UUCCUAUCUUAACAAUGCAUCAUUGUUGAUCUAUGUUUGUUUAAUUUAUCGCUGUUUUCGUACGUUCUACUUCAGUUGAUUCCCGAGUCUUCCAGGCAUCACAUCAAGGGCGUGUCGACCCUAGCGCCAACCCAAUGGGGUCGACUAGCCGCAUGUUGCGGAUGCCGAAGAAAGCAAGACAGUUUUGUGUAAGUGGGAUUUUAACGCUUGUGCUUGGGUGAAGCCAUGACCGAGUGCGAUAACCCGAAUAUUCGCCGUACUUCUAACUUGGUUCCAGUGAGAGCUAGCACCUUCUUCAAAGAAUCGGUGGUACCAAGACCCCAAACAUCCAUUGUCGCACGUGACAUGCUUGCAAUCCUAAAGGACCGAUUGUUCCUAUGCGCAUGAAAAUUCGGAGUCCCAAUUGAAAGCAUACACCCAAGGAGAACAUUUUGAACCAUCCCUAGAAAAGAAUAGUAAAAGCCACUGGAGAAUCAAUAUUCAUCGAGAUUGUAUAAGUGUUUAAAUCAAAAAUUUAGAAACCACAGAGUUUUUUUUUACAACUAUGGCUGAGGCUGCUGUAGAAGAAAUUCCGACAGCUCCUGCAAGGUACUAUUGUCAUGGAUGCUCUAGCGAAUUCGAUGAGAUGAAUCCGGGAUAUGUUUGCCCAAAUUGCGCAUGUGGAUUCGUUGAAGAAUUAGAUCCACCAGUUGAGAUGAGUGCGGAGGAAAAUGGCCAGCAAAAUGACCAGGAAAAUGAAGGUCCUUCCUUCUUUGACGAUCCCGUGGGAAAUUUGGUGUCGUCACUUUUCCCUGGUUCUCGCAAUCAUCAUAACUCCGAACGAGGGACUAGCACACACCACCAACACUAUCCUCCGUUAGUCAACUUUCUGCACGACCUCGUGAGUUCGGCCGGUGGUGCUCAUUUGGUCCAAUCGACAACCACGAUGACAGUCGGGGGUGAGGCAAUGAUGGUCUCAGGAAACAUGGCCAAUUACAUUUGGAGCAGAGAGGGUUUAGACCAGAUACUAAAUUAUUUUCUUAACCAAAGUGUUGACCCGCAACCUUUAGAACCAGAACAAAUAUCUACUUUACCGACCAUUAAAAUUACUUCAGAACAAACAUCGGUUAAGUUAAGGUGUUCCAUUUGCUGGGAACAUUUUAAAGAGGACGAAAUGGUGAGACAAUUACUGUGCUCUCAUAUCUACCAUGAUGAGUGCAUAUUUCCGUGGUUACAAAUGCAUGCAACAUGCCCCAUUUGCCGAAGUAGGGUGCGCCCAAGAAGCGAAUGAGAAUACAUUCAUUUAUAAAGCUUGUUAAGUUUCAACUUUAAAUUUUUUUAUUAAUAUGAGCAUGUACUUACAUUGUACAU